ACAAACAUGCACACAGUGAAGCAUAACUACACCAGCAGGCCUGCGCCACUCAAGUGCACAGGGAGCAUUGAUGGCCGUGAACUGCGCUUCUCACGUGCAAUGAUCUUUGCCAUUGAGGAGAUUAACAACAGUAUGAAGCUGCUGCCAGGCAUCAGGCUUGGUUAUCAGGUCCAUGACUCUUGUGCUGCAGUGCCUGUGGCAGUGCAUGUGGCUUUCCAGCUGUCGAAUGGACUGGAUCUUGUAUUUUAUACCAGCAACAGCUGUUCUAAAUCUGGUAUGGUGAUGGCUGUUGUUGGUGAGACUGGGUCCACACCAUCCAUCAGCAUUUCACGCAUCAUCGGGUCCUUUAAUAUUCCACUAGUGAGUCACUUUGCCACUUGUGCAUGCCUAUCUGAUAAGCGUCAGUACCCAAGCUUCUUCAGAACAAUCCCCAGUGAUCAUUUCCAGGCUGCUGCACUGGCCAAGCUGGUGAAACACUUUGGAUGGACUUGGAUAGGUGCUGUCCGGUCAGAUUCAGAUUAUGGGAAUAAUGGUAUGGCGUCUUUCCUGGAUGCAGCGCACAAAGAGGGGAUCUGUGUUGAAUACUCAGAAUCUUUCUAUCGGACCCAACCUCGUGGCAGGAUCCAGAGAGUGGCUGAUGUUAUUCGCAGGGUUCUAUGGUCAACAGCUAUGGUUGUUGUGGCAUUUGUAGCCGCAGGAGACAUGAGGCUCCUGCUGGAGGAGUUGUCUCGUGAGCCUUCCCCACCUCGCCAGUGGAUAGGCAGUGAGGCCUGGAUAACCCAUCCAGACAUGAUGAGGUUCACGUUCUGUACAGGAGCCAUUGGAUUUGCCAUUCAGAAAUCUGUCAUCCCAGGUCUGAGAGACUGCCUGCUGGAUCUCUCUCCCACUAAAGUGGCAGCUUCUCCAGUUCUGACUGAGUUCUGGGAGGAUGCAUUCAACUGCAGGCUGAAACAAAGUGCUGCCACAGACAGGAGGGUGUGUGAUGGAAGUGAAGACAUGCAGAAACUCCAGAACCCGUACACUGACACAUCUCAGCUCCGAAUCUCUAACAUGGUGUACAAGGCUGUUUAUGCAAUAGCACAUGCCAUUCAUAACACAGUGUGUCAGGAGACUAAUUCUACAACUCAGUGUGACAAACUCACCAGGAUCGAGCCCAAACAGGUUCUUACUGAGCUGAAGAAAGUAAAUUUUUCCCAGAAUGGUUAUCAUGUGUCAUUUGAUGCCAAUGGGGAUCCUAUGGCCACAUAUGAGCUGGUUAACUGGCAUAAAAGUGAGAGUGGCAGCAUUGUGUUGGUGACCGUAGGGUAUUAUGAUGCAUCACUGCCACUGGGCCAGGAGUUACAUAUCAACAGGAACCUCACCUGGGCACAGGGCAGCACACAAGUGCCUGUGUCAGUGUGCACUGACAGCUGUCUUCAAGGAACUCAUAAAGUGCUGCAGAAAGGAAAACCCAUCUGCUGUUAUGAUUGUGUCCCAUGUCCUGAAGGAGAGAUCAGCAAUGCUACAGAUUCCUCAGAUUGUUUCCCUUGUCCCAAGGAGUUCUGGCCUAAUGCAAACAAAGACACAUGUUUCCCCAAGCUUGUAGAGUUUCUUUCCUUUGAUGAGGUCCUAGGAAUCAUCCUGGCUGCAUUCUCAGUUGGUGGUGCCUGUCUGGCCAUUAUAACAGCCAGUGUAUUCUUUCGACACAGAACAUCUCCAAUUGUCAGGGCCAACAACUCUGAGCUGAGCUUCCUGCUGCUCUUCUCCCUGACUCUCUGUUUCUUAUGUUCAUUAACUUUCAUUGGAGCACCCUCUGAGUGGUCCUGCAUGCUGCGCCACACAGCGUUUGGGAUCACCUUUGUCCUCUGCAUCUCUUGUGUUCUUGGUAAAACUAUAGUGGUGUUAAUGGCCUUCAAAGCGACACUUCCAGGCAGUAAUGUGAUGAAAUGGUUUGGUCCUCCACAGCAAAGAAUAACUGUAGUGUCUUUCACAUUUAUCCAAGUGUUAAUAUGUACUAUUUGGUUGGUUGUUAGCCCCCCUUUUCCAAUGGAAAAUCUAACCAUAUACAAAGUAUGAAUCAUUCUGGAGUGUGCAUUGGGCUCAGCUGUUGGGUUCUGGGCUGUGCUCGGGUACAUUGGCCUACUGGCUGUCUUUUGCUUUGUGUUAGCCGUCCUAGCCCGGAAACUACCUGAUAACUUCAAUGAAGCCAAGUUUAUCACGUUCAGCAUGUUGAUAUUCUGUGCAGUCUGGAUCACUUUUAUCCCAGCAUAUGUCAGCUCUCCUGGGAAGUUUACUGUGGCUGUGGAGAUAUUUGCUAUUCUGGCCUCUAGUUUUGGUUUAAUACUGUGUAUAUUUGCUCCAAAGUGUUUUAUCAUAUUGUUUAAACCAGAGAAGAACACCAAGAAACAUUUAAUGAAUAAAUAUUAA